GCCAAACUGUUCCGAGCGAGCGAGCGAGCGAGAGUCAGCUGAAAGGUCCAGAUUGACUCUCCUUCCUUCCUUCUCCGGCACACCACCUGCUUGGCUCCCCACCGCCAACCGAGCGGCUUGCCGAAAAAGAUCCCUGCUCUGCGUCUCCAGGGAGGUCUCGGUGCCCUUCCAGAAGGGGAAGGGGAGAGGCACUUGCGACGCCAACCCGCCAGCCUGGCAAGGCGAGCAGGGCAGGCGGAGAAGGCGAGCAGAGACUGCAGCUGCUGCUGCUUUGCUUUCUCCUCGUAUUUUUCCUUCUCUAAGAGAACUGAAACGCUACAGGUAGGAGAUGGGGAAGGGCUGCCAGCCGCCCAGGAUGAGGGACGGUGGGGACACCCCAACGAACAGAGAGCAGGGGGGUCCCCAGUUUCCUAGCAAGGAAGAGUGAAAGAGACAGAGAGCGCAGUGAUCACUCAGCCUGGCGCCCGGUCUUCCCUAUGCCGAGGGUGUCACUCCCCCCCAUGGAUGGGCAGCCGGAGAGCCUCAACGCCAGCCUGAUGGGGCAGGAGCCUCGGCUGCGUGGCAGUGCCUGGACAGCCGCCUUCCUCUGCUUCAUCAUCCUCCUGACCAUGGUGGGCAACUUCGCCCUCAUCCUUCUCAUCUUCAGCCAGCGGUUUCUGCGCAACACAUCCAACUUCUUCCUGGUGUCCCUCUUCCUCUCCGACCUGAUGGUGGGCCUGGUGGUCAUGCCCCCGGCCAUGCUGAACCAGCUCUACGGGCGCUGGGUGCUGGACGGUGCCUUCUGCUCCGUCUGGUUCUCCUUCGACGUCAUGUGCACCAGCGCCUCCAUUCUCAACCUGUGCGUCAUCAGCCUGGACCGCUACCUGCUGAUCAUCUCCCCGCUCAAGUACAAGCUGCGGAUGACCUCCGGCCGGGCCUUUUGGCUCAUCCUGGCCACCUGGACGCUGGCUGCCUUGGUGUCCUUCCUGCCCAUCAAAAUGGGCUGGCACAAGAUGGAGUUUGACCGCCACCCGCUCAACGCCACCCUGCAGCUGGAAGAGGAGCAGUGCCGUCUGCUGGUCAGCUUGCCUUACGCCCUCAUCGCGUCCGGCCUGACCUUCUUCCUCCCCUCGGUGGCCAUCUUGUUCACCUACUGCCGGAUCCUGCUGGCUGCGCGGAAACAGGCUCUCCAGGUAGCGUCCCUCACUAACAACAAGCCCAUCAGUGAACAAAUUCAACAGGUUCCCGGAGAUCAGGGCCAGGCCAGUGGGGUGAGCGAUAACCGGAAGUUUGCCAACAAGCACAGCCGACGGGCCCUGAAGGCCAGCCUGACCCUGGGCAUUCUUCUGGGCAUGUUCUUUGUGGCUUGGUUGCCCUUCUUCGUCUGCAACAUGGCCCAGGCGGUCUGCAACUGCAUUUCGGCCGAUUUCUUCGACAUCCUGACCUGGCUGGGCUACUGCAACAGCACCGCAAACCCCAUCAUCUACCCGCUCUUCAUGCGGGACUUCAAGCGGGCCAUGGCCAAGUACCUGCCUUGCUGUCCCCGCACGUGGGAACGCAGGCCCAGCCGCGUCUCCCUCUCCCUGAGGAAUUCCAACAGCGGCCCCCGGCCGGGGGUCUCCCUCCGGAACGCCCUGUCUCUGCCAGGGGAGACGGACUCGGCCGAUUCCAUCAUCCACGGCAACGCCAGCGACCAGACGCUCGGCUUCCUCCCGGCCACGCGGGCCAACUCCCUUCGCCUUCCCCAGGCCGAGCAGACGCCGGAGCCCAAGCUGAACCUCAUCUAUCUGAAUAGCCCCUCGGAUUGAGAAUCCUGCCCUGCUUGGUUGACCAGGUGGCGGUUCUGACCUGUGCUGGGGUUGUGGGGAGGGGGAGGCAAUUCCACCGGCCAGGUGUCCCCCUCCGGACCAAGGAGAGCCACCGUCCUUCCUUUCGCCUGGAUUCCCCUUCUCGCUCCUCAGAUCUUUUUAGAUUAUUUUUCUCUCUCUCUGCCCGCCAGCCUCGCAGCUUGGAUGGCUUCUGGCGGGAUUUCUUCCUCAGCCCGUACGUGAUUGCAAAACGCUGCCAAGCAAACAUAUGUGUGCAUGUAUGUGCGUGCUUAACAGGGACAGCAUAGCGGAGGCCUGCCCUGGCUGUGUGUUUUAUUUAUUUAUUUUAUUUAUGAGAUUUAUAUACCGCUUUAAGUGCAAGCACUCUCUAAGCGGUGUACACCAGUAAGCAAUGAAUAUAUAUAUUUACAUUGCCCCCAACAAUCUGGGUCCUCAUUUUACCUACCCCGGAAGGAUGGAAGGCUGAGUCAACCUUGAGCCGGUGAGAUUUGAACCGCUGUCCUGCUGAACACAGUCAGCUAAAGUGGCCUGCAGUACUGCACCCCACUGCAAACUUUCCCAUCCUCUCCCUGGCCCAGAGGCCAGCCCCUCGCUGCCCCGGCCUUAUUCCCUGGCCUUCUUCCCCCAAACCAGCUUGCACGCGGCGCUAAACAGGAAGGUUUUCACUUGGCUUUCUUCCAAACCAGGGCUAGCGGCCGUGAGCCAGGGUCAUGCGCCACCGACUCACCUGUGUGCUGCUUAAUCCCAGCCUCCCUUUUCAAAAAUCCAGCUGAAAUGCCAACGGCGCGCAAGAUUUCCCCAUCGCCAGAUUUGCGUGAUGUUUUAUUACAGCCGUUUGGGCCGGUGGGGAAGGGGGAACCUGCUGUUUACUAAACACAAAAAGGACCACGGUCACCCCCUCCUCGCCUUCACGGCCCUUGCCAGAUUUUUGCACAUUUGUGCAAGUUGUGGCAGCCUGUCACCCCCAGCCUGGCUGACCUGCCUCUCUCUGAGCUACAUGGAAGGAAUUACGGGGCAAUUGCUUGGACCAGGGGUAGGCAACCUUGGCUCUUUUAGGACUCGUGGACUUCAACUCCCAGAAUUCCUGAGGCAGCAUGAGGGAACUAUGGCCCCCUU